AUGGAUCCCCGGUAUUGUGCUCAAGACAUCCUAAGGUGUGACCACUGUGAGACACAUGUGGUACAAAGUCACUGCGAGUUUUGUUAUACCAACUUGUGUAAGGCCUGUGUAGGAGAGCAUCUCUCUGAUUCAACCAAAAAACAUAGAGUUGUUCCAUAUAAAGAGAGAACCUCGGCUUCUACAUGUUCUAAUUAUCCAAAAUGUCCAAAGCAUUCCAAGAACUGUGAACUUUACUGUGAGCAAUGUGACAUUCCUGUCUGUUCUAACUGUCUGUCCUCAGGUAAACAUAAAGGACAUCAUUUUUCAGAUGUUUUACAAAAACUCAGCUCCAAAACAAGAGAUAUGGAGAACGAAUUAAGAGAACUUGAGACUAAAAUUUACCCAAAAUAUGAAGAAAUUGCAGCUGGCAUAAAAACCAAGAAAGAGAACGUAGAAACACACUACGAGAAACUAACAACAGCUGUCACCAAACAAGGAGAAGACUGGCACAGAGAAAUUAACAACAUUGUCAACAAACGAACAUCUGAAUUUGAUGAGAUGAAAUCUAAACAACUGGCUGCUCUACGUGAACAUGAAAAAGAAAUCAAACACAUUACUGCAGAAGUAAAACAGAGUAUUGGUGAUCUAAAGACAAUUCUACAAUCCAAUGAUAUUUCCUUAGCCUCCGUAUACAGGUCAAGGAAUGCAGAGUUCAGAAGUUUACCUCCAGAAGUCAACAUGUCAUUACCAAGUUUCUCUCCUCGUCAGAUCAACACAGAACAGCUCCAUCAAAUGUUUGAUUCUCUGUCAGCAUUAUCCAUUACAACAGAAGAACAUGGCUACACAAUGAAGACAAAAGAAGCUGUAUCCUGUCCUCCAGUCAAACCACUGCUUGAUGAACCAGAGUUCAUCACCACCAUAGACACUGGGUAUGUCGGUCUAUACAGUGUUACCUGUCUCAGUGAUGAUAGAAUCUGGAUACGUGGAAAUGACAAAAUCAUGAAACUUUACAACCUGAAGGGUAAUUUUCUGAAGUCAAUCAAGUCAACGAACAAAACAAGCGACAUAGCAGUGACAAGGAGUGGAUAUCUAGUUUAUACUGAUCCUGAUACAAGAACUGUAAACAUAGUGAAGAAUGACAAGAUACAGGAAGUGAUCAGACUACAGGAGUGGAUACCUAGGUCAGUCUGUAGUACCUCCUCUGGUGACCUCUUGGUUACCAUGGCAAGUGAUAAUUAUAAAUAUUCAAAAGUUGUCCGUUACUCUGGCUCCUCAGAGAAACAAACCAUUCAGUUUGAUACUGAAGGUAAACCCUUGUAUUCAUUUUGGUCUAAUACGAACAUCUAUGAGAACAGAAACUUUGAUAUCUGUGUAUCUGACAAUAUAGACAAAGCCGUCGUGGUGGUUGAUAAGGCAGGAAAACUCAGAUUUAGAUACACUGGUCAUCCUUCUACUUCCAAGGGAUCAUUUGAUCCAGUCGGCAUCACAACAGACAGCCAGAGUCAGAUCCUGAUCGCAGACAGUAACAACAGCUGUAUCCACAUCCUAGAUCAGGACGGACAGUUCCUCCGUUACAUUGAUAACUGUGGUCUACAGUGUCCAUGGGGUUUAUGUGUAGAUACCAGAGACAACCUCUUUCUAGUGGCUGUAACAUCGGUUACCGUAAUGGACCCCCGGUACAGUGCUCAAGACAUCCUUAGGUGUAACCUUUGUGAGAGACAUGUAGUACAAAGUCACUGCGAGCUUUGUCAUGUCAACCUGUGUAAGACCUGUGUAGGAGAGCAUCUCUCUGAUUCAACCAAAAAACAUAGAGUAGUACCAUAUAAAGAAAGAACAUCAACUCCUAACUAUCCAAAAUGUCAAAAGCAUUCCAAGAACUGUGAACUUUAUUGUGAGCAAUGUGACAUUCCUGUCUGUUCUACCUGCAUUUCCUCAGGUAAUCAUAGAGGACAUCAUUUAUCAGAUGUUUUACAAAAACUCAGCUCCAAAACAAAAUACAUGGAAAAAGAAUUAAAAGAACUUGAGACUAGAAUUUACCCAAAAUAUGAAGAAAUUGCAUCUGGCAUAAAAACCAAGAAAGACAACUUAGAAACACACUACAGGAAACUGACAAGAGAUGUCACAGAACAGGGAGAAGACUGGCACAGAGAAAUUGACACCAUUGUCAACAAACGAAAGUCUGACAUUGAUGAGAUGGAAUCUAAACACCUGGCUGCUCUAAAUAAACAGGAAAAAGAAAUCAAACACAUUUCUGCAGAAGUAAAACAAAAUAUUGUUGACCUAAAGGAAAUUCUACAAUCCAAUGAUAUUUCCUUAGCCUUUCUAUACAGGUCCAGAAAUGCAGAGUUCAGAAGUUUACCUCCAGACGUCAACGUUUCAUUACCAAGUUUCUCUCCUCAACAGAUCAACACAGAACAUCUCCAUCAAAUGUUUGGCUCUCUGUCAGCAUUAUCCAUUACAACAGAAGAACAUGGCUACACAAUGAAGACACCAGAAGCUGUAUCAUCUCCUCAAGUCAAACCACUGUUUGAUGAACCAGAGCUCAUCACCACCAUAUACACUGGGUAUAGACUAUAUGGUGUUACCUGUCUCAGUGAUGAAAAAAUCUGUACACGUGGACAAGACAAAAUCAUGAAACUCUUCAACCUCCAGGGCAAACUACUGAAGUCAAUCCAAACCAAGUCAGGAAAUUAUCCACGUGACAUAGCAAUGACAAGGAGUGGAGAUUUAGUUUAUACUGACCCUGAAACAAGAACUGUAAACAUAGUGAAGAAACAGAUACAGGAAGUGAUCAGAAUACAAGGGUGGAGACCUCAGUAUGUCUGUAGUACCUCCUCUGAUGAGCUCCUAGUUACCAUGACAAGUGAUGAUGAUAGACAAUCAAAAGUUGUCCGUUACUCUGGAUCCACAGAGAAACAAAUCAUUCAGUUUGAUGGUGAAGGUAACCCUCUGUAUUCAUCUGGUGAUAUUAAAUACAUCAGUGAGAACAGGAACCUGGAUAUCUGUAUGGCUGACCGUGAUGCUCAUGCUGUAGUGGUGGUUAAUCAAGCAGGAAAACUCCGAUUUAGAUACACUGGUCCUCCCUCUUCUACCAAGGCAGGUUUUGAUCCUCUUGGCAUCACAACAGAUAGCCAGAGUCAGAUCCUACUUACAGACUAUGACAACAACUGUAUUCACAUUCUAGAUCAGGAUGGACAGUUCCUCCGUUAUAUUGAUAACUGUGAUUUACAGCGUCCAUGGGGUUUAUGUGUAGACACCAGUGACAACCUUUUUGUAGCUGAGUGUACCAGUGGUGUAUUGAAAAAAAUCAAAUACAUGUAAACACUGCAUUAUGUUUAAAAUGAUUGUAAAUAAGAAAAUAAUAUUAUUAAGCUUUCCAUUUAGUAAGAGUUACAUAGUUAUGGAUAUCUGAGUAUAAGGAUUAAUUUAAAAAGAAGUUUGUCAAAAGCAUAUUAUCUUUAUAUGCUAUGAAUUUUCAUUGAUUUAAAGAAGAAAUGUACUUGCACUAUUUUGAAAUCUAUUUAUAAUUCGCAAAAAAAUAAUAAAUAAGGCCUAAAAUAAAAAUUAGUUUGUUUGCAGUUGCCUACCGACCAACUGAAAAUGUGCCCGACCCAAACUU